AAUCAGACAAGCCGUUGGGAGGCAAUUAGAGUCCCGCGAGCUCUACCAAAGCCACUGAUUGUUAUCAGCAUUGCUAGCCAGUUAGUCCAAUCCUAUCCCGGUACCACGAUCGAGUUAGUAGGCAUCCGCCAGGUCGCCGUCAGGCUAUUAAGACGUCUGGUAGGCGCGAGUGAUUUGUCCUUCUGCACGGAUUUACCGAAACACCCCCAAAACGGCAACCCGUCGUCGUCGUGGUGCUGCCGGGGCCCCGCCGUUAGCCGCGAGAGAUCGCGAGAAGGGAACUUGGGAAGAUCGGCGGGAGGAUCGGCCUGUUCGUACGCGACUGGCACCGAUCCCUUGUACGCCGCUUGCUGGCGGCCCAGUGAGAUGGAGGAGAAGUCCUCUGCCCGAUUCUCCGAGUAUCUGUUCGCCAAGAUGGGCGGGCAGGACGUCUCGGCCUCUCAGGGUCCCCGUAAGGUGACCGCCGACACCAGAAAGUGGAUGCGAGAGAACUUGCUGCUCAUGGUCACCCUUUCCGGCGUUCUCCUCGGCGUUAUUCUUGGAUUCGGUUUACGACCUCUGGACCUUGGGGAUGAUGCGGUAAUGCUGAUCAGCUAUCCUGGAGAACUUUUUAUGAGAUUGCUAAAGCUGAUGAUCUUACCUUUGGUAAUCGCCAGUCUUAUUUCGGGUUCGGCGAGUUUAAACGCCAGGAUGAAUGGAAUGAUCGCUGUUCGUACUCUGGUAUACUUCAUACUGACGUCCUUGCUCAAUGCUGUUCUCGGUGUAGUCCUAGUCCUCGUUAUUCAUCCCGGUAAUCCCGGUAUCAGAGAAUCGAUCGGGCCGUCGCAUCACGCGAGAGCCGUUAACAUACUAGACAGCCUGCUCGAUUUAGGAAGGAACAUGUUUCCAGACAAUUUGUUUCAAGCAGCUUUUCAACAGGCACACACGGUGUACGUUCCAAAAAAGCAACCAGUCCAGAAUAUUACUGACCAGGUAUCAACGGAAGAUUUAGGAGACGAGGAAUUGAUAAGAGUGAUACAGUAUAGAAGCGGGACGAACACUUUAGGCAUAGUAUUCUUUUGCCUGGUCUUUGGUACAUUUCUUGGAACACUCGGUGAAAAAGGUCAAGUUGUCAUAGAUUUCUUCAAGGCUGUGUUCGAAGUCAUCAUGCGGAUGGUCUCGACUGUUAUGUGGAUGACACCAAUCGGCAUCACCUCUGUAAUAGCAGGCAAAAUACUCGGCGUGGACGAUCUGGUACUGGUGAUGUCGCAGCUAGCAUGGUUCAUCGUUACGAUCGUGAUCGGUGUCUUUCUCUAUCAGCUGGUGAUCAUGCAGUUGAUAUAUAUGGCCUUCGUUAGAAAGAACCCCUUUAAAUUCUACGCCGGCCUCGCCCAGGGUACUCUCACCGCCUUCGCCAUGGCAUCAACGGCUGCUGCACUUCCUGUGACUUUUCGUCUGAUGACCGAGAAGCUCAGAGUCGACCCUAGAGUUACCAGAUUCGUCUUGCCAAUCGGUUGCAAUAUUAACAUGGAUGGUACCGCGCUCUUCGUCGCUGUGGCCAGCAUAUUCAUCGCCCAGAUGAAUGGUAUUUUUCUGGGUUUCGGGGAGAUUAUCACCGUUAUUCUGACGUCCACCGCCGCUUCUGUGUCGUCGGCCUCGGUACCAAGUGCUGCGCUUGUCCUGCUGUUGGUCGUUCUAAGCGCCAUUGAUGCUCCCGUUAAUGACGUUUCUCUUUUAUUCGCGAUUGAUUGGUUUGUAGAUCGGAUAAGGACCACCAACAAUAUGCUAGGAGACUGUUACGCCGCUGCAGUGGUCGAGCAGCUGUCGAAAAAGGAACUCAUGGCAUUGGACGCAGCAGCCUAUCAAUCGGAGACUGUGCUGCCAACUACUAUCGCCAAUGGAUGUCUUUCGGCCAACAGGGUACCUGAUCCUGACACCGUCGUCGUCGAGAUGCAAGACGACGCACGAAUUGCGGGGAUCGCCAAGUAAACACGCUUGUUGCCUCGGAGUUUUGCACAUGUCGAGAAGUAUAACAGAAGAGACCGUUUGACUAAUCGUUAACCCCACAGAAUAAUCCACAUCGCGGAAUCUUGUUGAAACAAGCGAAUCGACUUCCCUGUUUAAACAAGCCUAUUCAACGAGGAUCAAAAACAUACGUUGCGCCAAAGGCGUGUUUAGUUCCUCUGCUUCUCCUCGUUUUAAUAAUUUUCAAAGUUUGUAAAGAUUUUCCGCAAAGAGUUCUACAAGAGGCGAACUGCGAGAACUCUCGUAGGAAAUACAGUCGCCAAUACAAGAUUCAAAGUCAAUAACAAUGGGGAAUGUGGUACGUGUGACGCAGGCACAGAGAGAGAGAGAGAGCAAUAAGAAUUAAUAUAUUGUACUUUGAAACUUCGGUCGAGACUUUCAAAGACUCGAGGAGAAAGCGCGUUUCAUUAAUUACUAUGAGACGAUACUAACUGCGCUCGACGUUGUACAAGUAAAGAGUCGGUCCGGACUUGGACGAUAUAAAUCGUCCAAGCACACACCACUCUGAGAAAUUAAACUGGAUUGGGAAAGAGAUUUUUAAUCGGACUUACCGACUCACACCCGAAUAAACAAUAGUUGAUGAUCGUAGAUAAAGACUCAUAACUACAGCGAAUCACGGAGAUUCUAUUGCAUCUUCGUAGGGCUCGAUGACCGUUUCUACGAUCGAUCGCAUAAACAGCGUCGAAUGUGGUGCCUUAUUUCGAUGCGCCAAUUACGGGUAGGCGCGAUGAAAGUAAAAAAGUCUCUCGAGUUCUUUUUUUUUGGGUGUACCCUCGUGCCAUGGUCAUGUGUAGUAUUAGAUGCCAAUCCCUGAUGCUUUUUCGAUGUCUUUAGAAUGUCCUAGCCCAGAAUACGGGGAUUGAGCACGACUGUCUUCAGUGACGCGACAAAUACGAUUUUCUCUAUCAGAGAUAAAAAAAUUUUUUACGGUGAUUGGAGAUGGAGCUUUAUGUGAUAACUAUUAGAUAGCUACAUGUAUAUCUCUACAUAUCUAGAAAAUACACAACAAAUACAUUUUUAUUAUCUUACAUAUGAUUAUAACGUACAGCUUAGAGACUGCACUCUGUGAAGACCACUCGCUUCUUAUCGUGUAUUGAUUACGUCACUGAUUACAAUCCAAAUCAAGAGAAGGAAAUUAAUUAACGAUUACAUAACAAUAAUGCAUGUUUAGCAGAGAUCAAUAUAGACCCCACGCAAAAGAUACGACAAAAGAAGACUUACAACCGGGCAUAGGACUUUAAAUAGAUUUUAGAAGUCAUAUCGAAUUAACUAUUGGACCAUUAACUGACAGAAAAACUGGUGCAUAGAACCACUUUAGGUGUUCUACUUUUGAAAGACGAAUGUCUUUGCAAAAGAGUGCUUGAGACAGAAGUUUACUGAGACAGAAGUUUACUGAGACAGGUAAAUAUAUAUGGAUUUUGUUAUACAAUAUGUAUCGGGGACAUGCAAUAAAAAAAUUAUAUCUCUAGCAUUUUAGCAAUCAAAUUUCGAAGAAAAAUUUAAUAUGGGAGCAAUGUUUGAAAAAAUUUCAAUAACUUCCGUUUUUAUUAAUCAUAAUUAUAGAUUUUUAAGAUUCUGUCUCAUCGCGCUCUUUUUUAUUAUAGUGCUCCCUUCCUCCUCCCUCUCCCCCUGCAUAGAAUAAUAUAUCUUCCAGUAUAAUGUUGUCCACUUAGCAGCUUAGAAUAAACAAAAUUCGUGUUUUUUUUUCGAUCCUAUGUGGAAGACAUAUACUAAUUCUUCUAUAAUCUAAUGACGAAGAAAAUGAGAAAUUAAAUAGCGCAGCUCAUUAUCGAGCGGCAACAAGACUGGCUACACAAUAUAAAAAUAAUCGUUUUGCUAGACAUAACAUAAUCGGGUAAACGAUUCCUAUAUGGUUUCGCUGAUUCUAGGCACUAGAUAGAUAGGUCGAUACGUGUUUCAUCGUAGAGACUGUUUAAAUGUACAAAUUAUUCGACAUAGUAUUAUUAGAGCGUUUUCAAUAAUUUUAAAUGUUGAUCUAUUCCUGAUAAAUUGCAAUGCAUUAUUCAAAUUUUCACCAUGGAUUUCUCCGGGGUGAAUAAAUGACAUUAUUUCAUAUAUCUUUACGAAAGGAAUUAUUUGUUGUUACACAUGUGGUUCGACCCAAAAACGAAAGCUACUUUAAAUUAGAUUAUCUUAGCUUAUAAAUAUUAUUCAAAGUAAUCUUUUCACCAAAUAUAAACUUAACCAAAGUAAAUUGUAGAUGCAUGAAUAGCAUUUAUAUUUUACCAUACAUAUAUGGAAAUUAAUCAUUUCUCAAAAUAAAAGUAAAUCAGAAAUUAAAAACUUGAAAUUUAAAAAAUUGUAAAAAUCAAUAGUUAUGUAAGAAACAGAGAAAAACGUUGUUAAUUAUUAAUAUAGAAUAAGUUCUCUUUUCUAUUUUAAUUUAACUUAUAAUAUAGCAGGUUAAGAGUUUUGUUCAUUAUGAUAUUAAUUCUUGAAUUUGUUUAGAACAUCUUACCAUUCCUUCGAGUGAUAUAUCGGGUGUUCCUGUUGCUCGGCACGUUUUAUGCUCAAGCAUUGAUAAAGUGAGACAAUGCAAUGUAAUAGACAUGGAAAUAAAACGGGCAGAGAUAAUAUGGAAUAAACUUAUCAAAAUAAUCUGAAAAAUACAUGUAUACUUAUAAGACUCAACGUGUUGUAUAACAAGAAGCAGAUUUAUAUGUGGAAA